AUGUCGGGCAGCAGCAGCAGCGCCAGCGAAGGGGGCGGCGGCGGCGGGGAGGACGCGUGUCGCGACUACCAGUCGUCCCUCGAAGACCUGACCUUCAACAGCAAGCCCCACAUCAACAUGCUGACCAUCCUGGCCGAGGAGAACGCGCCCUUCGCCAAGGACAUCGUCUCGCUCAUCGAGGCGCAAACCGCCAAGGCUCCUGCUAACGAGAAACUGCCUGUUAUGUACCUAAUGGACUCCAUUGUCAAGAAUGUUGGAAGAGAGUAUCUUUCCGCGUUUACUAAAAACCUAGUUGCAACAUUUGUAAAUGUGUUUGAAAAGGUGGAUGAAAAUACUAGGAAAAGUUUAUUUAAGUUGCGUUCUACGUGGGAUGAAAUUUUCCCUUUGAAGAAGCUCUAUGCCCUUGACGUCCGGGUGAAUUCAAUAGAUCCUGCUUGGCCAAUUAAGCCGUUGCCCCCUAAUGUGAAUACUUCUAGCAUCCACGUGAAUCCUAAGUUUUUAAAUAAAUCGCCUGAGGAGCAUCCUGCACCUAGCUCUACGGUCUGCCCUCCUGUUAUUCCCCCUGCUCCGAUCGUUCCUGAAAUACAAAAGAAUUUGACGCAAGAGCAGCUAAUAAGACAACAGCUACUGGCAAAGCAAAAGCAAUUGCUAGAACUUCAGCAGAAAAAAUUAGAACUGGAGUUAGAGCAGACUAAAGCACAACUGGCAGUCUCUCUCAAUGUUCAACAAAAUACAUCCAGUAUGGCUUCAGUCCAGCCACCUUUGAAACCGCAUGUUCCACAGCCACCUCACAUGCCAGUUAAACCCCUCCAUCAAGCUUGUCUGCCACCUGAAAAAAACCGCCUGUCUCCGCUUCAUGAUGUCAAAAUGGCCAACAGAGAUCCUCGUCUCAAUAGACUGAGCCAACAUCCUCCUCAUGCUAAAGAUCAAAGUCAUAGGAAGGAUUUUGUCAUGAGUCCAGCAAAUCAGUUUGACAAGUCAAGUAAAGCUCUGCAGGCUGAAAAACACAAUGCCUCGAAGCAAGAAAAGCUAAAGCAGGGGGACAAAAUGCAAAAGAAGGAGUUUGAUCCAUUGGAUGCAAAAUCAAAAUCGAAAUCUCCAUCUCCCUUGCAAACCAAGCUGCUUCACACUAAAGAUACCAGGAACCAAGAGUGUGAGAACGCGAGAGCAUCUGAGAUGAGCAAAAGAGAUCCACGAUUGAAAAAACAUCUUCUAGACAAGCCUGAUAGUAAAGAUGAUGAUACAAAAGAAAAGAGAAGAAGCUUGGAGAGGAAAGAUAAAGAAGAACAUAGAUCUAUUGGAGGCAGAAGUAAAAUUAUUAAUGGCGUUGUCCAAAAGCAAGACACUAAUAUGGAAGAGUCAGAAAAACAGGGUGGAAAACAAGGAAGGUCAAGUACUAGGAAAAGGUCACGUUCGCCUCGAUCUCGGUCACCAUCUUCCCAUUCUCCAAAAAGAAGAGACAGGAGAUCACCCAAACGAAGGCUGAGAAGCCUUUCUCCUUCAGGACCUAAAACUGGGAAACUUCGACCGUUGGGGCCCAAGCCAUCCCACCCAGAAGAUUUUGGGCAGGGUUCCCGGGAUGAACGAGGCUCCAAUAAGAGGAGCCUCAAACAGGACAUGAGGGAUUCGAGGAGGCCAAAGAAAAUGCACGAGGACCGGCCGCAGGAAGGAAUAAGCCAGCACUCUUCAAGAGCAAGUUCAGAACCCAAAGAAAAUGUGGAAAAUUGGCCUAGUUCCAAGUCAAGCAAAAGGUGGAAGUCUGGCUGGGAGGAAAAUAAAAGCUCUCAACCUGCUGAAGACCAUCAAGGAUCUUGUAAAUCGCCUCAUCCAAGGCAUAGGGACAGCUGGGCGAGCAGCAAAGGAGUGCCAUCCCCUCGCACGCCAAAGCAACAACAUAGACUAAGCGUGGAUGCUAACCUGCAGAUUCCCAAAGAGCUGACUGUGGCAAACAAGAGAGAUUUGCUUAAGAAGGCCAACGAACGCAUGUCAUCUGGGGAGAUCACACAAGACGAGUUCCUUAGUUUGGUUCACCAGAUUCGCCAGCUCUUCCAGUACCAAGAAGGAAAACACAGAUGCAAUGUCUGGGAUAGCCCCUCAGUGGAAAAGGGCAUUUUGAAGAAGAAACCCCUGCUGUCUGAUGCGGAUUUAAUAUAUCAUGAGCAUAAAGCUAAGCUGAAAAGGACGCAGGUUCAGCAUUCGUUUCCGAGACUCAACAUGUUGGAUCCUGAUGAAAUUUUAGACUAUCGCUUGAGCGAUGCGUUUCUUUCUGAAAUGGAAUGCGAACAAAGCAAAAACAAGCAGUUUGGUGAACGACCAAGGCGGCAUUCCCCUGUGGGUGGCAAUAGGCCAUACUCGGAUAGCUCAACACACGAUAGUAGGAGAAGACACGAUGAUCCCAACUCUUCAAAAGGUGUUCGUGAAGAGCAGAGGUCUCCGUUCAGCGACCAUUACAAGAGAGCAAGGUAUGAAGAACCAGAGAAACAGUUUAGUGAGAGUUCAGGAUCACGGUUCGGAGUCACUGACGGAAAGCCAAGAUUUGGUUCAUUGUUGGAGGAAAGAGUUCAUUUUGAGGGCUCUCCUAGGCAUCCCAGUUCAAGGGCAGCUGGAGACGGACAAGCAAGUCAUUUUGAAGGACCUGCUAAUGCAAAUUCUAGACUUGAAGGACCACCAGCACAGAACAAUUUAAGGUUUGAGGGGUCCCUAGGUCAGCCUACAUCUCAGUUUGAUGGCCCCCCUGGGCAGUCUGGAGGAAAGAGUUCUCUCAUGUUUGACGGUCCACCAGGGCAGAUGGGUGGUGGUCCCCUGAGAUUCGAAGGGCCUCCUGGGCAAGUUGGUGCAGGGCCCGGAAUACGUUUUGAAAGUCCUAUGGGACAGCCGGGAGGACCUUUGAGGUUCGAGACCCCCACGAGUCAACCUAUGGGUGGCAUGAGGUUUGAAGGGCCUCACGGCCAGCCGCCUGGUGGGAUGAGAUUUGAAGGGCCUCACGGCCAGCCGUCUACUGGGAUGCGAUUUGAGGGACCGCAUGGCCAGCCAUCCUCUGGCAUGAGGUUUGAAGGGCCUCUUGAUCAGGCAUCCGGUGGGAUGAGGUUUGAAGGCCCUCACGGACAGCCUUCAGGUGGGAUGAGGUUUGAGGGGCCGCAUGGCCAACCUUCAGGUGGGAUGAGGUUUGAAGGGCCUCAUGACCAUCCUGUAAGACCUCAUGGUCCCCCAGGAGGUGGAAUGAGAUUUGAUGGGCCCCACAGCCAGCCCAUAGGGCCCCACGGUCAACCUGGGGCUGGGCUACGAUUUGAAGGGCCACACAUGCAGCCAGUGGGGCCCCAUGGUCAGCCAGGAGGCAAUUUACGGUUCGAAGCCCCACACGGUCAGCCUCUAGGUCCCCCUGGCCAGCCAGCAGGUGGUCUUAGAUUUGAGGGGCCCCAUGGCCAGUCUGUGGGGCCACACGGACAGCCAGGGCUCGGUCCCAGAUUUGAGGGACCGGCAGGCGGUGGAGGUGGACUGAGGUUCGAAGGGCCCAUCAACCAAACUGGCCCCAGGUUUGAUAGCUGCCAGUCAAGAUUUGAUGGCCAGCCAUCACUUCUGCAAAGACUGGAUGGAUUGCACGGACAGCCCGGCCCAAGGUUUGAAAUGGGGCCCGCUCAGCAGGUGCCACCUCGUUUUGAUGGCCCUCCCGGUCAGCCGGUGCAGCCGAGAUUUGAUGCGCCGAUACCGCCACGGUUCGAAGACCCUCAGCACCAGCCAGCGGCACGAUUCGAUAUGCCUCUCGGCCAGGGUCCGAGAAUGGAAAAUGUAGCCAAACACCCCGCCUCGAGACUUGAAACGCCACCUUACGGACAAACUGGACCGUACAACGAACCUCCCAACCAGCCUUACAGUGGGCCCGCACAGGGAAUGCCGUUUCAAAGGCCAGAGCAAAUGUUCGAUUCUCCUCAAGGACCAAACUUCAGCGGGCCACCUGUCUCCGCAGCACAGACCUUUCCGAAUGCACUUAACAGGGCGCCUGGACAUUUUUACGAUGACAAGAACCUGCAGGGACCUCAGUUUGGAAACUUCAAUAAUAUGGCAGGACAACAACAGGUAAGGUUACAUAGAAUUUCAGUUCCUGUUAUGUCGGUAGGAUCUGCUCAGCCUGUACCUUUCACUCAAGGGCAGCCACUUUUACCAGUUCACGUUCAAAAUCCUGGCACUUUUGUUCAAAGUCAACCAGGGAACGCUCCCCUUUCCUACACUGAUAAUCACCUUGGACAGCUUGAUGUGAAUGAAUUGUACUCAAAGCUGCUUUCAACAGGAAUCCUCAAAGUUUUACAACCUGAUUCAGCUGCAUCCCAAGCCAGUGAAGUUGCCAUCCAGCCAACUCCAGAGGAGGAGGAGGAGGACCAAGACCAGAACGAGGAUCAAGAUGUCCCGGACCUCACUAAUUUCGUAAUAGAAGAACUGAAACAGCGAUACGACAGCGUCAUCAACCGGCUAUACACUGGCAUUCAGUGCUACUCUUGCGGGAUGAGAUUCACGACGUCACAGACAGACGUGUACGCGGAUCACUUGGACUGGCACUAUCGGCAGAACCGUACCGAGAAGGACGUCAGCAGGAAAGUCACUCACAGAAGAUGGUACUACAGUUUAACGGACUGGAUAGAGUUUGAAGAAAUAGCCGAUUUAGAGGAGCGCGCAAAGAGCCAGUUCUUUGAAAAAGUGCACGAAGAAGUUGUGUUAAAAACGCAAGAAGCUGCUAAGGAGAAAGAAUUUCAGAGUGUCCCCGCAGGCCCUGCCGGGGUAGAUGAGAGCUGUGAAAUUUGCCAGGAGCAAUUUGAACAAUAUUGGGACGAAGAGGAAGAAGAGUGGCACCUAAAAAAUGCCAUUAGAGUAGAUGAAAAGAUCUACCAUCCAUCAUGUUACGAAGAUUAUCAAAAAACCUCCUCUUUCGAUUCGACGCCCUCUCCCAGCAAGACACCCGUAGAAAAUCCACUAAAUAUGAUGUUGAAUAUUGUCAAGCAAGAGGUUCAGGACUCCUGUAACAGUCCCAAAAUCAAAGAAGAGCCAGAGGAAAAACUUGAGGAAUGUACGGAUGGGAGCACAACAGUACCUGCCGAAAUUAAAACGGAACCUGAAAAGGUUGAGUCGGUUUAAUUUGAUUUCUUCUUUUUUUUAAUUGCAGAGAAGAGCGACUGUGUUCUAGCUGACUCUAGAAGGCAAGGAAUUUUUAUAUGAAUAAAGUGUUCUCCUGGGGCAGGGCCCCAGUUGCUUAUUUGGUUAAUAAAUACAUUUUUGUAUUUGAAAUUUCUUAUUGCCUGCACAGUGUCAGGUGUCUAUUGUGUGGAAGUUCUGUAGAUGGUGUACUGAUUUAACAGGGAUAGACUGUAUAUGUAAGAAAAAAUUGUACGAGAAAUUUUUUUUUUUCCAUUUUGUGGAAAUGUAAAUUAUAAAUAAAAUAUUUUUGCUAUC